GAUCAACAACGAUACAUCAUCUCAACUGCCCCAAUUAUCAUCUCUCAAAUGCUUGGUUCUCAAAAGCUUUCAGUUUUAUUCUUUCCUCUCUAGCGAACAGAGUCCCCUGCUUUCAUUGACGAAAAAACAGAGGAGGGGCUUCAGGCAGCCGGCGGCGGGUGUGAGUCAAAUCCAAUCAUGACGGCGGCGGCGGGGCUCCGAGAUGGACGGCUGCGGCGAAGGACUACUCCGGCGGCAGUCGUAAUAAUCUGCGUCUACUGCUUUUUGUUGCCGUUUGGGUCGGCAGAAGGACGGUUGAGGCUGCCAGCUGAAAGGGUAGUCCAGGAAAUGGAAGACUACCACUUUCUUACUGACCUCACCGCCGCCGGUGAUGGGUAUCCUGCCAAUCCGCCGCCGGUGAAUAAAUCGUUUUGGCAAUCCGAGCGAAUUGGUGGCUACCAGCACGUCUGGCCGGAGUUCAGAUUGGGGUGGAAGGCAGUGGCGGCGGGCAUAAUCGGGAGCUUGGGAGCGGCGUUUGGGAGCGCCGGCGGGGUGGGCGGCGGUGGCAUCUUCGUUCCUAUGCUGACUCUCGUCGUUGGAUUUGAUCCUAAAUCCGCCGCUGCUAUUUCUAAAUGUAUGAUAAUGGGGGCAGCGAUAUCGACGGUGUAUUACAACCUCCGGCUCCGGCACCCCACCAUCGGUCACAUUCCGAUCAUAGACUACGACUUGGCCCUUCUUCUCCAGCCGACGCUCAUGCUCGGAAUCAGCCUCGGCGUCGCUUUCAAUGUCAUAUUCGCCGACUGGAUGGUCACCAUUCUUCUCAUCUUCUUGUUCAUCGGGGAUAUCGAGUACAAACCUCUUCGUGGUGACCCUCAAAACGACAUUCCUAAAACAGAGAGUGACACGAGCACCUGCUCUACAAGCUAUUGGUUGCUCAACUUCUUUCAGAUCCCAGUGGCAGUUGGUGCAUCAGGGUACCAUGCUGUAACCUUGUACAAAGGCCACAGAGUGAUUGCAUCAGCUGGGGAUGAACCUGGUGGCACAAACUUAAAGUUGGGCCAGCUUUUGGGCUACGGUGCCUACGGGAUGCUGGCUGGAAUUGUGGCUGGGCUUCUUGGAGUCGGAGGAGGGUCCAUUAUGGGCCCGCUCUUCCUUGAGCUUGGAGUCCCUCCUCAGGUUGCAACUGCAACAUUUGCAAUGCUCUUCUCUUCAUCGAUGUCUGUCGUGGAGUACUACCUCCUGGAUCGUUUUCCGGUCCCCUACGCUCUUUACUUGAUGGUUGUGGCCACAAUGGCGGCUUAUGUCGGACAGCAUGUGCUGAGAUGGGUGGUUAGUCUUCUCGGGAGGGCAUCCAUCAUCAUCUUUAUUCUAGCAGCCAUUGUAUUCGGCAGUGCUAUCACACUAGCUAGCCUCGUCGCCCGGAAUUCAACCACCAAUUUCUGUCCGUGGAAUUACCCGAUGGCGGAACGCGGAGCGAGGCGGCGGAUUUUGGGCUCGAUGUCGACGGUUCUAUUGAAUUUGGUGUUCGCAGUCGUGUUUGUCUCGGCGGACAGACGUUUCAGAUUGGAAGAGACGGAAGAGCAGAAUCCUGUCUCUGGGUUUCUCGUUAAGGCGUCGGAUUUCUUUUGGGAAAAUGGUCGAACAGGUUAUCAGCGUGUUUGGCCGGAACUGGAAUUUGGAUGGCAAAUAGUGCUGGGUACAACUGUCGGAUUCUUAGGAGCAGCAUUUGGGAGUGUGGGUGGCGUUGGUGGAGGUGGCAUUUUCGUUCCUAUGCUUAGCCUGAUCGUUGGGUUUGAUCCCAAAUCGUCAACUGCAAUCUCUAAAUGUAUGAUAAUGGGUGCGGCUGCAUCAACUGUGUAUUAUAAUCUUCGACUACGACAUCCUACGCUUGACAUGCCAAUCAUUGACUACGAUUUAGCUCUACUCAUCCAGCCCAUGCUUAUGCUAGGAAUUAGUAUUGGUGUGACUUUUAAUGUCAUCUUCGCCGACUGGAUGGUUACUGUCCUGCUUAUUGUUCUGUUUGUAGUCACAUCAUCGAAAGCAUUCUUAAAGGGCGUCGAAACAUGGAAAAAGGAGACUAUGAUGAAGAAGGAGGCUGCUAGGCGUCUCGAGUCAACCGGUAAUGGUGCUGGGGAUAAUGCAUACAGGCCUCUUCCGAGUGGCCCUCGAAAAGGCACCAAUGAAGCAGAGGCGAAGAAUGUUUGUUGGAAGGAACUUGGGCUUCUUGUAUUUGUUUGGGUUGCAUUCCUAAUAUUGCAGAUUGCAAAGAAUGGUAUGGCUACUUGCUCUGCAAACUACUGGGUACUGAACUUAUUACAGAUCCCAGUGUCACUUGGUGUCUCAGGCUAUGAGGCUUUCAGUCUCUACAAAGGACACAGGAUGAUUGCAUCCAAGGGAGACCAAGGCACAAACUUGCAAGUUCACCAGCUUGUGACUUACUGUGCCUGCGGUAUCUUGGCUGGAGUCGUAGGUGGGCUUCUUGGACUAGGAGGUGGAUUCAUAAUGGGCCCACUGUUUUUGGAGCUAGGGAUACCUCCUCAGGUUUCAAGUGCAACUGCAACAUUUGCAAUGACUUUCUCCUCAUCAAUGUCUGUUGUAGAAUACUACCUCCUGCAUCGUUUUCCUGUUCCAUAUGCUGUCUACUUCUUUGCCGUAGCAACGGUUGCUGCAAUUGUGGGGCAGCACGUCGUGAAAAAAUUGAUCAUCGUACUAGGAAGGUCGUCUCUGAUCAUCUUCAUUCUAGCAUUCACCAUAUUCGUCAGUGCAAUCUCUCUAGGUGGUGUUGGCAUAUCCAACAUGAUCGGGAAAAUUGAACGACAAGAAUACAUGGGAUUUGAGAAUCUAUGCAAAUAGGACUCUUAAAUGAACCUUGUAAAGUGUUGAAAACUUGUACUAUGUGGAUUUUUUUGGGUACUUGGUUGAAUUGUACAGUCAUUUGUGCCAAUUCUUGUUGGGUUUGCCCUUCUAUGUAUUUGUAAAUUCAUUAUUAGACCACAAUGGCCAAAUUGUAAUUGAUUAAUGGCCAGUUCAGUUCUUUGUCCUUCUAUUCAAUUGCAUGUAUCCAGUUUUGUCCAAAAAAAUUUUGUUGUUCCUAGUUUUAUAUAUGAACUAUU